AUGAAGCUCUUGAUCGGACUCUCUACGCUGGCGGCCACUGUCCUGGGCCAGGAACUCUGCGCCCAGUACGACAGCGCGUCCAGCCCUCCCUACUCGGUGAACAACAACCUGUGGGGAGAGGAUCAAGGCACCGGAGAGCAGUGCGUCUACGUUGACAGCCUCUCGAGCUCCGGGGCGUCGUGGCACACCACUUGGACCUGGAGUGGCGGCGAGGGCACGGUGAAGAGCUACUCGAACUCGGGCGUCACGUUCGACAAGAAGCUCGUCAGCGAUGUGCAAAGCAUUAGCACCUCGGUGUCAUGGUCGCAGGACAACACCGACGUCAACGCCGAUGUCGCGUAUGAUCUGUUUACCGCGGCGAACGUCGACCACGCCACGUCCAGCGGCGACUACGAACUGAUGGUUUGGCUCGCCCGCUACGGCACGAUCCAGCCCAUCGGCACGCAGAUUGCCACGGCCACCGUGGGAGGCCAGUCCUGGGAGGUGUGGUACGGCACCAGCAUCCAGGCCGGCGCCGAGCAGAAGACCUACAGCUUCGUGGCGGGUAGUCCCAUCCAGUCCUACAGCGGGGACCUCAAGGCGUUCUUCGACUAUCUCACCCAGUCGCAGAGUUUCCCCGCCGAUUCCCAGUACCUGAUCAAUCUGCAGUUCGGAACCGAGCCGUUUACUGGGGGACCGGCCACGUUCACCGUGUCCGACUGGACCGCCAGCGUCGCCUAG